UCUCUCUCUCUCUCUCUCUCUCUCUCUCUCUCUCUCUCUCUCUCUCUCUAGCUAGGUGUUUCUCUAUACGGGAAGGUUUGUGCGUCUCUCUCGCUCUCGCUCUCGCUCUUCGUGCGCUUCUUCUUCGUCUUCAGUGCGAUAUCCAGAAGUGUGAACCAUGAAUAACGGUCCUUGGUUACCCGAGGUGGACUUCCAAGGCCUCUCGGAUGAUUUCUUCGACGAUCUCAUGAACCAUACUGAUUUCCCAUUGGAAGAUGUGGAAAGUGGGAAUGGUGAGGGAGAUUGGGAUGCCGGGUUUCAAGGCCUCGAGCCUCCGCCUAUGGAUAUGUUCUCGAGUUUGUCCUCUGGCUUCAACUGUGGCGGCAAUGGCAUUAGCAAGGGAGAUCACAAGCCCAUACCGAUCUUGAAACAGUGUAGUUCUUCUGAAGCAUCCUCUGACAUCAAUAGCUCUGCCCAUGGAUUGUCAUGUCCUGACGUUAAAGUCUCGAAGCUGUUCCAAUCUUCAAGCCCAGUGUCAGUCCUCGAGAACAGCAGCAACGGAUCUUUCUCAUCGUCCCAAAGCUCCAGGUUAAAGGGACUGACCGCCUUUCCUGUGAAAGGCAUGAGGAGCAAACGCAAACGCCCCACAGCUCUGAAACUCAAACUUCUCCUACCAUUCGAACUAGCAAAAUCUCAGCAAUUCACUGCAGAAGCUGAAUCAGAAUCCGAAAUCUACUAUCCCUCGGAGAAACCCGCCAAGAAGAAGCGCAAGAAACACAAGAAGAUCAUCCACCCGACCCAUCCGGGUUCUUCCUCCCAUUCAGAAUCAGGAACAACCCGUAAAUGCACUCACUGUGAGACAACGAAAACCCCCCAGUGGAGGGAAGGCCCUAACGGGCCGAAAACUCUAUGCAACGCCUGCGGGGUACGGUUCAGAUCGGGGCGGCUUGUCCCGGAGUACCGUCCAGCCGCAAGCCCGACUUUCAUCCCGUCAGUGCACUCGAAUUCCCACCGGAAGAUCGUAGAGAUGAGGAGGAAGGGCGGCAGUCAGGAACUCAACUCGGGCAUGAUCCAGACCGUAAUAUCCCGAGCAUAAUAGGUACCAAUUCUGCUUUUGGUUUUGCCCUGAAGUUCGAUAUCAGAAAACCCUGUUUCUUGUCCUGGGAACGUUGUGAUCCGCAGAACUGGGGGGGUUCUAAACUAGGGGAGGGCUUAGUGGUGGUUGCCUGAAAUCUGAUCGAGAGGGAGAGAUUAGGGUUUUAGUGGUGAGUUAGGGUUUAGUGUCGUUCGGAUUAUCAUAUUAUUAUUAGUAUUACUAUUAUGUGUUCAUAAACUCGUGCUAGAAAAUUAAUAUGCAUAUGCAGAGGUGAUGUUUGGCUGGCGACUUUUAUUUUUAUGAGAGGAAAACAACAGAUGAAGCCAUUGUAUUUUCCCCCCAUUUAAAAAAAAAAUUAUAUGUUAAAGCUCUUUGGAAACAAACCAUAUUCUUUCAUUCUUCAAUGGCAGCCUUUGUUUUUCUC